GUUAGGGUUAUUUUAGGACAUCUGUCAUAGGGUUAGGGUUAUUAUAGGACAUCUAUCAUAGGGUUAGGGUUAUUAUCCUCCUGAGACCCAGCCCAUUGACUUAUGUCCACUGUAGUGGACAUUUGAGUUUCAUCCCUCUUCUUGGAAUCUUUUGUGCAAGUCUCUUAAUUCCUGAUGUACUGUACAGAGGACAUCCUGGGCUUUUCCGUGAUAUGUCAUUUGAUUGGCUGGGAGGCCGGGAACCGCCUCUAUCUUUCCUUUCAAAAUGGACGGCAUAGGAACAAGCACAUUUUAUGGAAAGAUGAGAGAUUUGCACCUGUGUUACCUGGGCUUCCUGUGUGUCAAGAUGACCCUACAACACGUGCAGACUGGAGUCCAAUUGAAUACUUUUCACAGUACAUUGACAACAAGGUCUUUGAAGAUUUGGCAACAUACACACAUCAAAGAGAGCUGCAAAUCAAAAGAGUGUGCAUGAACACCACGCCACAAUAAAUAAAAAUCUUCUUGGGCAUUUCAGUCCACAUGGCCUGCCUUGGCUAUCCCAGAAUUAAAAUGUUUUGGGCCAACAAAACUAAAGUGCCAGUCAUAAGUAGCAAAAUGACUAGGGAUAGAUUCUUCAGGAUAAGAAAUUCCCUCAAGAUUGUCAAUGACCUGGCUGUAACAGAGGAAACAAAGAAGGCAGAUAUUCUUUGGAAAGUCAGGCCAAUACUCGAUCGUGUGCGCCAAGGCUGUCUCAGCCUUGCAAAGCCAGAAAGGGUCUGCAUUGAUGAGCAAAUCAUCCCAUUCACAGGCCGUUGUCCAGUCAGGCAAUAUGUUCCCGGCAAGCCAAACCCUACUGGCCUAAAGGUCUUUGUCCUUGCAUCCCCAAAUGGUCUGAUGCUUGAUUUUGAAGUCUACCAAGGGAAGAAUACCUUUACAGUCCAAAGGUUAGGAGUUGGAGCUGCAGCAGUUCUACGCAUGGUUGAAUCUGUUCCAACAGGAAGCCACAUAUUCUUUGACAGGUACUUCACAACCAUAGAUCUAUUGGAUGCAUUGCUGGCAAAGGGCCUUCCUGCAACUAGAACUAUAAUAAAGAACCGUGUCCCAAAGCUGUGCCAGCUGCCAGUAGACAAACAGUUGAAAAAAGAGGGGAGAGGAACAUCAGUGUCAGUGGCCAGAAAGAGUCCUGAGCUGGCCAUCACAAAAUGGUUCGACAACAAACCAGUGCUCAUGGCAUCCACUGUACAUGGGAAAGACCCAGAAGACAUCUGUACCAGAUGGUCCCAGAAAGAAAAGCACCUGGUCCAGGUUAAAAGACCAGCAGUAAUUAAGCAGUAUAAUGAUAACAUGGGUGGCGUAGAUCUUUGUGAUCGCAUGCUUAGCUUCUAUCGUAUGUCAAGCAGGACCAAGAAGUGGACAUCGCGCGUGAUCAGUCACUUCUUUGAUGUUGCCAUCACCAACUCCUGGAUACAAUACCAGUCUGACAGCAAAGCUCUGCACAGACCAUCCAAGAACACACAUCAGUACCUGGACUUCAAACUACUCCUAGCUGAGGAGCUGUUGGAGAGUCCGGAACUGGAAAACAGCUGUGAAGAGAGUGAGGAUGAGUAUGAGCCACCAUCUAAAAUGAGGAUCCCACAACCAGAGCCAUCUGUGCGCAGACUAGGAGCCAUGCACAUGCCUGAGAUGAUGGAUACCAAGCAUGCAGAAAGAUGCAGAAAUAAGGGCUGCAAGAGCAAGACGUACAUGAGAUGUACCAAAUGCAAGAUGUUCCUCUGCAUUACCAAAAGAGAAAUUGCUUCCAGGACUUUCACCACUAACAAAGAAAAUACUAAGAACAAAAUGAAGAGUGAAGGAAAAAGCUAGAUUGGAUUCAGUUUGACAGAAGGAAAAAAUCCAAAAUAAAUCUGUUACACAUUAGUUAUAUGUUCAUUGUUCAAAUAACACUGAAAGGAUUCAAGGGGACCAAUCAAAGGAUAUGGACAUAACAAAGUGUUAAGCUUUAAUAGUAAAGCUAUCCUUGCGAAAUGUAAGGAAAAGGAUUCAAGAAUGAUUAAUGUGUAUUGUAUAAUCAAAAUGUCUGUAUUCUUGGAUAAUAAUCAAUCUACAGCCCAAAAUGUAUGUAUUCUUAGUUCAUAAAAACUCUGUAAUAACUCUGUAAAAAUGUGUAUCUACCAAAUGUCUCUCUUUUCAUACUCAAAUGAUCCUGUUGUCCACUACAGUGGACAUGCUGUAAAAUAAAAAAUAAAAAUUAAAAUUAAAAUGUGGAAAUUGUAGGAUGCUUUUUUUUAACCCUAAACAGUUAUUGAAUCACAAAAAAUAUGAUUAGGAAAAACAAUAUUUUCCUUGGUUCUCAGGAGUAUAGGACAUCUAUCAUAGGGUCAUUAUAGGACAUCUCAGGACUAUAUAAUGAGACACUAUAUUUGUUAAUCUUUCUCAGUGGUCGGCAAAAGCUUGUUGCUGGUUUUCCCUCUGAAGACACACACACACACCAGUGUUAUGGGAAGGAGUGCCGUGGCGUUGGUGACCAAAUGCAGACCUGUGUGUUGACUGACUGAGAAUAUGCACUGCUCCUGUCUGUCAUUAUAUUGCUAUGAGAAUCAGCAUGGCUAGGAGUCCAAAAGUAACAUUGAAUCUUCUCCCAUGAUUUGGGAAUCAAACAUGAAUCCUGUAAUCUAUAUAUUAAUUGAGGAAAAUUAUAUAAAUAUAAACCCUUCUACACACAUACUACUCAAUACCAUUGUAUUCACUGCUCAUAGAUCAUUCAUUUCGCUUUUAUUGAUGCAUGCACCACAUGCUACAUGCAAUUAUCUUCAUGAAUUGGAUAUUAGUAAUCAUUUCCUGUGUUUUUAAAAGGUUAAUGGCGUUUCCAUGGUAAUUAAUGGGCGGUCUGCGCUUCAGAACUGUACUUUCUUUCUGUUAUUACCCAUCUACAGGUUAUAUAGACCUCUAACUGUUCAGUUCGAUGGCCUGAGGACUCAAAGCUGUGUUUUUAAUGUUGGUUGGUUUGUUUGUUUGACCAUGGGACCAAUUCAAAUGAAUGUUUGUGCAUGUUUGAUGACCUGUUGUCUAGCACCCCUCCCUCACCCAAUCCUCUUAAUACAGCUUUAAAAUGGGGGGUCUUUACAAAGAUGUCACUAAGGUUAAAAUGCGAAGAGAAUCAG